CUGGCCCAAGUGCGAGCUAAACAAUCUACUCGCGGCCAUGAACAGUUUGAACAGAAGUAUACUAUGCACACUAAGUGGCAAGCGGCGCGCUGAUUGGGGGCCGAGCGGACUGGUUGAUGCUGCCAGGUAGCUUAUGUGGAGAUCGCCCGAUCCACCGCGCUCACCGCUUCGCAAGUUCGUCCGCUCCAAGGAAUCUUCCUAUCGCUCGGGGUCCAAUGGCCGAUGGCGCCGCGGACGGAUCAGCCCCGAAAGACGGUUUGUUUUUCUUUUGCUCGAUGUGGUAGCCUGGCCAGCCUACCCGUCUAGUCUCGAUACAUUCGCUUCUGUUUGUUUUUCUCGUUUUUUUUUCGCCCGACAGACGUCUGUGCUCGCCGGUGGAUGCCCCAUAUUCACCGAGGCGAUACGCGUUCCUAUCCGAUUGCAACUGGUCUGGCGUCAUAAACACCAGAAUGAUCUGAUUGUGUCCAGCGCAGAGAGUCACCUCGAAGGGAAAUCAACCUGCAUGCUGUGCGCUGUAUGCUGAUCAGCGUCCCUCCAGGUGGCAGGCAAAUCCGUGUUCGAAGGAAAAACACGCGAGGAUUUUCGGGCGCAAAACAAUCGGAGUGGGUCCCGUGAUCACCUUGCGG